UACCAAAUUUAUUCACUCUCCCAAAUUUAAAAAUUAAAAAAAAAAAAAAUCCAAAAAUUUUGGCAGAAACCCUAACAUCCAUGGAAAUGUCUCAAUCAAACCCAUCCUCGUUCCUUCAUUGAACCUCCAAAACCAAUCUUUCUCUUCAUCUUUUCUCCUUCGUUUUUUCCCCCGAGAACCGUGAACCAUGCUCCUUUUCUCUCUCACCGACUCCAAGAAGCUGUAGAGGAAGAAGAAGAAUAAGAAAAAGGAACAAGAAGAAGAAGACUAAUAAGCAGAAGCAGAGGAGUGAGAAAUGAGUGGGUCGCCAUUUACAGUGGCACAGUGGCAGGAGCUGGAGCACCAAGCUCUCAUCUUUAAGUAUCUCAAAGCCGGUUUGCCUGUCCCUCCUGACCUUCUGGCCCCUAUUCGGAAGAGUUUCCAGUUGACUUCUCCAAGGUUCUUCCGACAUCCUACCUUGGGUUAUUGUUCCUACUUUGGGAAGAAGAUAGACCCAGAGCCUGGUAGGUGCAGGAGGACAGAUGGUAAGAAGUGGAGGUGCUCCAAAGAUGCACAUCCAGACUCAAAGUAUUGUGAGCGGCACAUGAACCGAGGUCGCUACCGUUCAAGAAAGCUUGUGGAAUUGAAAACUAACUCGCAGUCCUUGUCAACUGUAUCAUCAGACAUUGCAACUGGGAGUAAUACUUCUAGUGGAAGCUUCCAGAACAUGCCCUUGCACUCUGUAGGUAACCGCAGGGCACUAUGCUUACCAUCACAGGUGGUGGUGGACCCUUUACCCUAUGGAAUUAGUAACAAUGAGUACAGGUGCUAUCGUGGACUGAAUCCUGAGGCAGAGAAACGCAAUUUCUUAAUGGAAGCUUCAGGAAAUAUGAGUCUUGAAAUAAACAAUACUGUAGACAAUUCAUGGCGUCUGAUGACAUCUCAUGUCCCUAUGAACUCCUCAGAACCAAGAAACAGUUCUCUUUUUCCAAGUAAUAGUCGCCAGCUAGAGACAUUCCAGGACAUUGAACCUCUAAAUGUGGAUGCUGCAAUGCCCAAACAGGAGCAAUAUCGUUGUUUCUUUGGUAAGGAUCUUGGCUCACUGGAAUCUCCAAAAGAGGAACAUCAGUUGCUUCAGCCUCUUUUUGAUCCGUGGCCUAAAAUGAGGGAUUUGGGAUCCCAUAUUGAUGAUCAUAGAUCAAAUAAGAACUUGGUAACUGCUACUCAGCUCUCGAUGUCCAGUCCAACAGCUUCUAAUCUGUUUGCAAGAAGUGCUCAAUCACCAAAUGGUAUGUGUACUUUUUACUUUUUUUCUUCUCUUAUAAACCAUGGUCUUGGAAACACGCUCUUCCCAUUCCUUUUUUCAGGUAAAAAAACAGUGCAGAAAAAUUCAGGAAAAAAAAGAAAGUAAAAAGAAAAAAGGGAGAUUCUAAUUGUUUGAUUUACUUGAUUAUGCAGAUGCUUAUGGUUGAACUCUGAGCUAAAAGAACAUGCCACCACCCUCAUUUGUUGUUGCACUUUUAGGUCCUGCUUCUGUUUAACUAAAUUUAUGUUGUAGCUAGUUAUCUAGUGCUUGUACCUGUAAGUUGUAACUAUAAUGAUUUCUAUCAUUUUGUUUGGCUAUUGUUUCCUGCCAAACCGGUUUUAGUAAACUAGAUAUGGAUGUUCUAUUUCUCUUAUAAAUAAUGUACAAUUAGUAGAGUACUUGAUGGGGGUUGUGCUUGUGUA